CGGGGCCCGGAGGUGUCCCCGUUCCCUGAGUACGCGCAGGCCCAGGAGAAGAGCCCCGCUGGUCGCGGCUUGGCGGCCGCCGCCCCCUCUGCGCGGUCCGGGACGUGGGGGCGGACAAGGGGCGCGGCCCAGGCUGGUCCUCCGCCCACCCGGGGCGGGGCGGGCCCGGCGACACUUAAGAGCCCGGAGGUCGCGUCCGCCCAGCGCAGCGGGAUCGGAGUCCGAGCCUCUUCGGACUCUGCGCAGCGCGACCCCCAGAGCCGAGGCUGCGGCUGCAGCGAGCAGCCCAAGGGGAGAAGCACGGGAUUCCUAGAGUCCAGUCUGCCCAUGAGCACAAGCAGAUGCCCAGUGGGACUGAUGUCCUCCGUGGUGGCCCCAGCUAAGGAGCCCAACGCCACAGGCCCGAAGGCCGUGGAACUUGUCCUGGUCAAGGAGCAAAAUGGGGUGCAGCUCACGAACUCCACCCUCGUCAGCACCCCGCAGUCCCCCUUGGAGCCCCAGGAACGGGAGACCUGGAGCAAGAAAAUCGACUUCCUCCUCUCUGUGAUUGGCUUUGCGGUGGACCUAGCCAACGUCUGGCGCUUCCCCUACCUGUGCUACAAAAACGGUGGCGGCGCCUUCCUGGUCCCCUACCUGCUCUUCAUGGUCAUCGCUGGCAUGCCACUGUUCUACAUGGAGCUGGCCCUCGGGCAAUUCCACAGGGAAGGGGCUGCCGGCAUCUGGAAGAUCUGCCCCAUCCUGAAAGGCGUGGGCUUCACGGUCAUCCUCAUCUCGCUGUACGUGGGCUUCUUCUACAACGUCAUCAUCGCCUGGGCGCUGCAUUACUUCUUCUCCUCCUUUGCCACGGAGCUGCCGUGGACCCGCUGCAACCACACGUGGAACAGCGCCAGCUGCUUGGACAUGCCCCCCGGUAACUCCACCCAGGGCCCCAACAACACCUUCAGGACCACACCCGCUGCCGAAUACUUUGAGCGCGGGGUGCUGCACCUCCAUGAGAGCCGCGGCAUCGACGACCUGGGCCCUCCCCGGUGGCAGCUCGCGUCCUGCCUGGUGCUGGUCAUCAUCCUGCUCUACUUCAGCUUGUGGAAGGGUGUGAAGACUUCCGGGAAGGUCGUGUGGAUCACGGCCACCAUGCCAUAUGUGGUCCUCUUCGCCCUGCUCCUGCGAGGAAUCACCCUUCCUGGAGCCAUUGAUGGCAUCAAAGCAUACCUGAGCGUCGACUUCCACCGGCUCUGCGAGGCCUCUGUCUGGAUAGAUGCUGCCACCCAGAUAUGCUUCUCCCUGGGCGUUGGGUUUGGGGUGCUAAUUGCCUUCUCCAGUUACAAUAAAUUCACCAACAACUGCUACAGGGACGCGAUCAUCACCACCUCUGUCAACUCCCUGACGAGCUUCUCCUCCGGCUUCGUGGUCUUUGCCUUCCUGGGGUACAUGGCCCAGAAGCACAGUGUUCCCAUCGGGGACGUGGCCAAGGAUGGGCCCGGCCUGAUUUUCGUCAUCUAUCCCGAGGCGCUCGCCACGCUCCCGCUGUCCUCGGCCUGGGCUGCAGUGUUCUUCAUCAUGCUACUGACCCUGGGGAUCGACAGCGCUAUGGGGGGGAUGGAGUCGGUGAUCACCGGGCUCAUCGAUGAGUUCCAGCUGCUGCACAGGCACCGGGAGCUCUUCACCCUCGCAGUAGUGCUGGCCACCUUCCUCCUCUCCCUCUUCUGCGUCACCAACGGCGGCAUCUAUGUCUUCACACUGCUGGACCACUUCGCAGCUGGCACUUCCAUCCUCUUUGGAGUGCUCUUCGAGGCCAUCGGGGUGGCCUGGUUCUACGGCGUGCGGCAGUUCAGCGAUGACAUCCAGCAGAUGACUGGGCAGCGGCCCAGCCUCUACUGGCGGCUGUGCUGGAAGUUCGUGAGCCCCUGCUUCCUCCUGUUCGUGGUCGUGGUCAGCAUCGUGACCUUCCGGCCCCCGCACUAUGGCACCUACGUCUUCCCGGAGUGGGCCAACGUGCUGGGCUGGGCCAUUGCCGCAUCCUCCAUGUCCAUGGUGCCCAUCUACGCAGCCUACAAGUUCUGCGGCUUGCCUGGGUCUUUGCGGGAGAAACUGGCCUAUGCCAUCACUCCUGAGAAGGAGCGCGAGCAGGUGGAUGGGGGAGGUGCGCCAGUUCACGCUCCGCCACUGGCUCAUGGUGUAGAAAGGAGCAGAGAAGGGAGAUGCGGGCGGCCUCCUGCUGUGCGAGAGUUGCCAGCCAAGAAGGGCUUCAAAGUUCCCGGAGGCGGGGGCCGCUUCCGCUCUCUGACUUCUGCUUUUCGGGAACCACUCAGACGCUUCGCCUUCUGACGCUUGCUGUCCACCCGUGUCGCUGUGAUAGACGUAGAUCUGUGCUGGUCCUGCAGGUAGAAACGUCUAGUCCGUGUCUAUUUGUAUAAAGCCUCAGCCCAGGGUCGCCCCGACCCAGGCACUGAGGAAUGUGGUAAUUACAGAGGCCCUCUGCCGGAAACCCAGCCUCUCAGUAGCUUCCUGCAUCAUUUACUUUGCUCAUAUUUAAAAAGCCACAUAUCAUAGUAUCAUAUUGCCUAAUUGUGCGGAAGGUGAAGCGGAGGAAACUGUGUCAACAGCGAAAAGUGGGGCCUGCAUCUCCAGGGCACGCAGCCUGCUCAGAGCCCGCCGAGCACGGGUGGCCUGGCGUGUGUGGUGGCAACAGGAUUCACUCCUGCCGCCGAGAGAACCACGCUCCCUGCGGGUGCCACCACUUCUACAGCUGAGUUCUGCCCCGCUCACGGUCUGCCCCAGGACCCCGGCCCAGAGAGCAUCUCCUCAGAGCAGAGGUGCUUCCCUGCCAGCAGCCCAGCCCGCAGAGCCCCAGGCAGCAGCCAGAGACCAGGGACCCCAGAGGAGACUGCCAGAACUUCAGGUCCCUGGCACACAGCACAUCCAAACACUUCUUAUGUCCAGGAAUGCCUUCUUAAAUCAGACUUACCUGUGAGUGGCAAGUAGCUCUCAAUGCAGGCCUGGUCUCUGAAAAAUCCCUUUGCUGGUGUUGCCUUGUUGGAGAACAUUAGCAAACAGCCAGGAGCUCUCGGGCUCUGCCCCCAGGGAAGAGGCCCUGUGCCCGGGGACAAGCCGGUGCCCAGCCACCUCCAGCAUCCCUGCCGGGGCCUCGGCGCCUCGGGUGUGGAACUUGCUGCCGGCCAAAGCUGGCUGGCUGACCUGAGGUCGUCUGCACCUGCGCUGAGAGGACCCGGCCUCCCCUCCCUUCCCAAGGCACCGAGUAGUCUGUAGAGAACCGGCGUUGUCACUGUCUGUCCCCCUAGUCAGCAUCUCAGGAGGCUCUCACCAAAUAAAACAAGUCUGUG